GUGAACUCCAUUCUAUUCCCGUUAAAUAAAGGCUGGUGACCCGCCUACCCCGUGCACUUGUGGGCUGUUUCUGUCCGCUUAGCACCCAGGAGUCGAGUUGCAGUGUCAAUGAUGAACUGUGGGAUCCUUGCGUACCCAGAUCCACCAGGAAGACAAAAGCACCUCUCAAAGGAGAGAAAUCGCCAUCUGUUCAUCGCCCCAGCGCUUUGCUUUAUGUCAUUACCCAGAGGUAGUUACAGCCUCAUUGCACCAUAAAAGCCGUAUAGUUUCUUGAUAGUCUCUAAUCAUCAGUUCACCUUCGGCCUUAUUACCAUAAAUACAAGACGAGGAUCCAUGGAUCGGUCCACCCUUUUAUCGCGCGUUGGAGCAUCCCAAGAUAAACAAUGGACUAUACAUUCUAUGGACGAUCCUGGGACUCUCAUAAACUCGGUCACACUGUUCUCAUUUUUUACUGUUCUUUCCUUGUCAUAUGUUUCACUUAUGGCGAUUCUCGACUCAGCCACGGUGGUGGGAAUUGGGCGUGUCUCAGUCGUCGCAGGAAUUACGAAUUACCUUCGUCGUCUAUUCUGUCAGUUCUUAACACUUGAUGAUCUCGUACAGCCUGAGAAGUUUGGCCGUGCCACGGCCCCGCGGCUGGAGCCUUCCGCAUGGAAAUGCAGGGCGAUCGACGUUGCCUUCGUACUUCAGCUACUCUUGUCUAUUGUUCAGGUUGUAUCGGCUCUGUCUGAAGGGUUAGGCUUGAGUCGUAUCAUGGUUCUCAUUGCAGGAUGUGUUUCUUGGGUUUAUGCAUUUGCCAGGUCUCUUGUGCGAAGGAAGCCCACGGUGCCCUACUGGCUGGUUUGCUUCAUCCUACUAAACUUGAUAGCCUCCUUCUUCGGCAUCUUUGAAUCAUUGUCCAGCUACCCUACACACCCAGCCCUCAUAUCGAUUUACGCCAUUUCCGUCUCAAGCAUGCUAAUCAUGCUUGCUAUCCUUGCUACAUACCCCAUGCAACACAUCUUGCCAGCUCCCAAUGUUGCGCUUGUGGGGGCAUUCCUUCCAGCAAACUUUCGUCCCCCGAAGACUCCGUAACUUUGUGGAAUUGGAUCACUUUCAAUUUCAUGGAGCCCAUUUUUCAGCUGGCUUCCAAACGUACUUUGCGAAGUGAAGACGUAUGGGACCUCCCAC